GUUUGCUAUCCUAGCGUCAGGUGAUGCCAACACUGGAUGACGACAGCGGCAGCGAUCGAGAGGACGAGUUGCCUCAGGUCGUGGUCCUUAAAAGUGGAGACCUGACUGCAGAGGAGGUGAAGAAGAUGAAGGAUGAAAUACAGGCUGGAGGCAGCUCAGAGAAAGAUGGUCAGCCUCCUGACGGUAAAAUCCUUUUCAAGAAACCAGCCAAGCGCUCUUCCUCAGAUAAAUUCCAGGGCAUCGGUGCUAGCUCCAGCAAAAAGAAGAAGAGCAGUGGAGGGGACAAGGAAAAGGAGGAGGAGGAGGAGGAGAAAAAGGAGGCAUCUGGAAAGAAAGUUAAAAAUAACAGCCUCCUGUCAUUUGGAGGGGAUGAGGAGGAGGAGGACUGAAUGGAAGUGGUGAGAGUAGGCUGUCAGGAAACAGGAACAUUGUACUGAGUAUAAGACAUGGUUCAGCCUGUCCAUUCUUUUUAAAGGACAGUGCUACUGUUUUUGCAUGUCAUACAUGACAUAUAGAUUCAUACAUUUUUAGUAAAGCAUAAAAAUCA